AUGCCCUCGAGAAUCAUAAGUUGUUGUCUCAUUUCCUUCCUCUCUCCUUCCCUCCUCCUUGCCCUCGUCAGCGCCCAGUCAUUCGGCCAGUGCGUCGACAACUGCAUCAGCACCUACCCGACCGUCAACCACUGCAACGGCACCGAGACGGGCGCCGCCCUCGACCAGUGCCAAUGCGCGAGCUACUCGCCUUCCAACGACCCGUUGAUCGACUGCGUUCUGGGCUGCCCGACGGACCAACAACUCGCGUUUGCCGACAGUCUGCCCAAGCUCUGCGCGCAGACGUUAUUCCUGGGCCUCGAUCUGUCGGACCAGCCGAAGCCCUCGGCGGAGAAUACAGCGGCGAGCGCCACCGUCGACGCCGCAAAGGCCACACUCACGACCAGCGGCAACGGUGCAGCGAGCUAUGGAGCCAGUGUCAAUGUGCUGGGUUACCUCGCCCUGGUCUUGGGCGUCGCAGUGUUGUUAUGA